UGUCUAGUAGUAGUGAUAUCGAAAUGAAAGUUUUGUAAUAAAUUUCAAAACAAUAAAAAGGAAAUUUUAUAGCGAAUCUAUCAACUUUAGAAAUAUCAAGGCACUACUGACACUGAAUUUAAUUAAUAUGGCUAAUUAUCAAGAAAUUGUACACUUAAAUGUCGGUGGCACAAGGUUUGCUACUUCUUGGCACACAUUGACUUGGGUUCCAGAUACAUUUUUUACAGCUUUACUCAGUGGACGUAUACCCACAGUGAGAGAUGAGACAGGUGCUAUUUUUAUUGAUAGAGACCCCAAUUUAUUUGGUCUUAUUUUAAACUUUCUUCGCACCAGAGACAUAGAUCUGACCACUGUAAAUAUAAGAGCACUUCGACAUGAAUGUGAUUACUUCGGUAUAACUCCACUGAGUAGAAGAUUGGCACUAUGUGACGAGAUGAAUCAUUCAGCAUGUGGGGAUGUAUUGUUUUAUGGAUACCUACCUCCACCAUUAAACCCACCCAUUUCUGGUAAUGGAAAUAACAGAAAUACUACAAACUGUUCAAGAAAGAACUCUACAGCCUCUACCACAGAGGUUGCCACAAAUAGAUCUCAUUCCAGAAACUCAUCCCUUGACCUUCGCACAAUUGGUAGAAUACCUUCACAAGAUCAACUCAGCCGUUGUGGUAGAGGGCACUCUAGGGCAGCUUCUCUCGGCAACACUGAAAGCCAUAAAGGUCUGCGUCCACCUGAAAUGAAUACUUGGGCAGACAGUAUGAAAGUACAAAUUAUCAAGGCACAUCACAACUGGAUCGCUGUUGCAUAUACACAUUUUGUUACUGGAUACAGAUUAACUGACUCAUGUGGUUGGUAUGUGGUAUUCCAAUCGCCCGUACAAGAUUCGGUGAUAGAACGUAUAGCGUUGAAUGCUAAAACUGGAGGUGGUGCUACGUCAAGUGGUAGUAAUACAUCUGGUACUGAUGUUAUGUUGGGUAUAGCGAGCGGUUCACUUGUGCGGUUGUGGGCCUUCUCAACCCAUACAGAGCCAGUCAGACGGACAUUAGUAGGUACAUUUAACCUCGGUGUCCGUGUGGAGCACCUGUUAUUCGUAGGGCCGCAGCUGGUCGCGCUGAGCGGCGCCGGCAGCCGCAGCAAGGCGGGCGUGUGGCACACCAGCACUCAGCACUGGCAGACACAGGACGUGGCACACCUCACCACACACGACACCGCCGGCUCCUUCCUCUUACUGGGCACUGCUACCGGCGCUAUUAAUUAUAUUGACAUGCAAAAGUUUCCGUUGCGUAUGAAAGACAAUGAUCUACUGGUGACACAAUUGUACAAGGAUCCAAAUCAAGAACCAAUCACAGCAAUAUCCGUCUAUCUCACACCGAAAACGAAUCUGUGCGGCAACUGGAUAGAGAUAGCGUACGGCACACGGUACGGCUCGGUGCGUGUCAUCGUGCAGCAUCCCGAGACUGUUGGCCAUGGACCACAACUAUUCCAGACCUUCACCGUGCAUCAGAGCCCGAUUACCAAGGUAUCAUUAUCGGAGAACUAUUUAGUGUCAGUGUGCAGUGAAUACAACCACGUGAGGUCGUGGCGAGUGACUCGUUUCCGCGGCAUGAUCUCCACACAGCCCGGCACCACGCCAAAGGCCGCAUUCAAAGUGCUCGCACUUGAAGCACCUACAGCACAGCCGCAUAAUGACUGUGGUCCUUACGGUGAACAAGAUGAAGAACAAAUAUUCAUACAAAAAGUGGUGCCAGAUACCGACACUUUGUAUGUACGAUUGGCUUCUAACGGCAAAAGAGUGUGUACCAUCCGUUCUGUGGAUGGGUCAGCGGUGUCAUGCUUCACUGUGGCGGAGUGCGAGGGCGCGCUGCGACCGCGCCGGCUGCUGCUCUGCGGACAUCGCUCCGGCGCAGCUCAGCUGUGGGAUCUCACCGCGCCUACAGACCGCGCGGCCCGCGUAGGCCCGCCCGCCGCGCCUAACAGCGCAGGCGAGGGGGAGGAGUCUCCGGUGGGGGAGGGCGGUCCGUCCCCCGACGAGUUAGUACGUCUGCUGUCAGCGUGUGACCUUGACGCUGCGCCUGCGCCGCUACCGCACUCGCCCAGCCGUCCGCUGCAGCCAUGAAGUCGCGCCCACACGCUCUGCGACACAAUACGCAGGUUGUACUCCUACAUUGUACACUGACAUAUACACUGCUCUUUAACUCACACUGGAGUUAUAAUGGAAACGCGCGCAAGUGGCCAACAGAA